AUGAGCUCCCAAGGAGCAGGAACUGCUGCCCAAGGGCUGAGCGGAAAUGAACUGGGUGUGUGUUGGGAAACUAGGAGAAGCCAGUUCUACAUCCGGCCUAGUAGUUACAAAUGCACAGCUGUAAAAGAAGCACUAAUGAAGGAGUUCCCCCUCCUAAGCAUGUUCAACAUCCAUGAAAACCUUUUAGAAGCCCUCCUGGAACUACAAGCAUAUGCUGAUGUUCAGGCAGUCUUAGCAAAGUAUGAUGAUAUAAGCUUACCAAAGUCAGCAACAAUAUGCUACACAGCUGCCUUGCUCAAAGCAAGAGCUGUCUCUGACAAAUUCUCUCCAGAGGCUGCAUCUCGGCGGGGGCUGAGCACAGCAGAGAUGAAUGCAGUAGAGGCCAUUCAUAGAGCUGUGGAAUUCAAUCCUCAUGUGCCAAAAUACCUACUAGAAAUGAAAAGCUUAAUCCUACCCCCAGAACAUAUCCUGAAGAGAGGAGACAGUGAAGCAAUAGCAUAUGCAUUCUUUCAUCUUGCACACUGGAAGCUAGAAGGGGCUUUGAAUCUUUUGCAUUGUACAUGGGAAGGCACUUUUCGAAUGAUCCCCUAUCCCUUGGAAAAGGGGCACCUGUUUUAUCCGUACCCAAUCUGUACAGAAACAGCAGACCGAGAGCUGCUUCCCUCUUUCCAUGAAGUCUCAGUUUACCCAAAAAAGGAGCUCCCCUUUUUUAUCCUCUUUACUGCUGGACUGUGUUCCUUCACAGCUAUGCUGGCCCUCCUGACACAUCAGUUCCCGGAACUUAUGGGGGUCUUCGCAAAAGCCUUCCUCAGCACUUUGUUUGCCCCCUUGAACUUUGUCAUGGAGAAAGUAGAAAGCAUCCUGCCAUCCAGUCUGUGGCAUCAGCUGACACGGAUCUGAGCAGGGGAGCUGCUGUCCUUCACUCUCCUCGCCCAGCUGGCUGCCACCUUCUUUUAUGUGCCAACCCAUCAUGGACUGCAAGAAAGCAUGACUUUGAAAAAAGGGAAGCCAUUCCGAGAUUUUAAAGUGUUCUUGAACUGUCUGUUCCACAUUAAAAGCUGUUUUUGUUGUACAAAUUCAUUGAUGUUCAGUCUAUUUUAUUUUGCCUCAAAACAAGAAGAAAAAAGUAAAAAAUAAAAUUUUGUGUAU